AUGAUUCCAGGAAGUUCAAGAAUUGAGGCACCAGGGCCUCUCCUUCAUGUCACCAGGCCCCUUGCUGCCUUUCCCCCAAGGGUUCUUGGUGACACCCUGAGCCCUGGAGAGCACAGUGCUUUCAGCACAAUUCUGUCCCCAGGUGAGAGCUGUGCCCAGGGAGAGAAUGACUACGCUGCUGCUGGACCCAAAGCCCACCCUGGAGGGGAAGGAGAUGUGCCCCAGAGCCUCCCCCGCUUCCUCGUGGCCCACUGUGGAGACCCGGCCUCCUGGAUCUACUCAGACCAAAAAUGUGAUGGCACUAACAACUGUGGGGACUGCUCGGAUGAACAGCCCAGGGGACUCUUUUUCAUCCUUAGGUUCACAGAACCACAGACGUCAGAGCUGGCAAGGACCUCAGAGCACAGCCAGGCUUUUGACAAAAGAGGACACUACUUCCCAGAGAAGAAAGGGACCAGCCCAAAGAUGCACUGCCAGUGGUUGCAUCAUUUUACAUUCCCACCAUUAGAGUAUGAGAGUUCCAGUUGUUCUACAUCCUCACCAACAUUUUGGAGGACUUCUGUCGAGGGAGCCAGACAUGUCCACAUUGAAAAUUAAUAAAAUUGGUUGUGCAUAUCAGUCUCUUGUGAGUUUUGAACUGAAAAUGGGCAUCAAGAGACUGAGCUCUGGUUCAUUCAUUGCCUCAUUCUUUCAUUCACCCAUCAAACCGUCUCUGUGAACCUACAGUCAGCCUUUGUUUAAAAAAAGAAAAAAUUGCCGGGCGCGGUGGCUCACGCCUGUAAUCC